AAGACUUCCGAAGAAGCAACGCCUUGCCAUCGGAAAAGAACAGGGAUUGUUUCUCUAAAGCCAAGGCUGCUCAAGAAAAGUAAGUAAGAAAGCCAUGCCUCCUCAGCAGCGGACACAGGUGAAUGUUGCUCCAAAGGUCACCCAGGGGGACCUGAAGAGCCUGGCACCAGGUGUGAGGGACUUCAUUGAAAUGAAUGCCAAGCUGUGCCAGCCGGAGGCCGUCCACAUCUGCGAUGGCUCAGAAGAGGAGAACGAGAGGAUUUUGGAGCUGAUGGCAGAGCAAGGCAUGAUUCGGAAGCUUGCCAAAUAUGAGAACUGCUGGUUGGCUUCCACAGACCCCAGGGAUGUAGCCAGAAUUGAAAGCAAAACCGUCAUUGUGACCCAGGAGCAGAGAGACACCAUCCCAACCCCCCAAAGCGGGGUAAGCCAUCUGGGACGCUGGAUGUCGGAAGAAGAGUUUGAGAAAGCGUUCAGUGUCAGAUUCCCUGGCUGCAUGAAAGGGCGCACUAUGUACGUCAUUCCUUUCAGCAUGGGGCCACUUGGUUCUCCUUUAUCCAAGUUUGGGAUCGAGCUGACAGAUUCCCCAUAUGUAGUUGUCAGCAUGAGAAUUAUGACCCGGAUGGGAACGUCUGUCCUGGAAGCCCUGGGCAAUGGAGAGUUUGUAAAAUGUCUCCAUUCAGUUGGAUGUCCUUUGCCGCUGAAAAAACCUCUGGUGAAUAACUGGCCAUGUAACCCUGAUAUGACUCUGAUAGCUCACAUUCCUGAUCACAGAGAGAUCAUUUCCUUCGGAAGUGGUUAUGGAGGAAAUUCCCUACUGGGGAAAAAGUGCUUUGCUCUCAGAAUUGCUAGCAGGAUUGCCAAGGAGGAGGGCUGGCUUGCUGAACACAUGCUGAUCUUGGGCAUCACAAACCCAGAAGGCAAAAAGAAGUACUUUGCGGCGGCUUUCCCUAGUGCUUGUGGAAAAACGAACUUGGCUAUGAUGAAUCCCACUUUGCCGGGGUGGAAGGUCGAGUGUGUUGGGGAUGAUAUCGCUUGGAUGAAAUUUGAUGAACAAGGUAACUUAAGAGCAAUCAAUCCAGAGAAUGGCUUUUUUGGCGUUGCGCCUGGAACAUCAGAGAAAACAAACCCGAAUGCUAUGAAGACCAUUCAGAGAAAUACCAUCUUCACCAAUGUAGGAGAAACCAGCAAUGGAGGCGUCUACUGGGAAGGCAUUGAUGAACAUCUUGAGCCAGGAGUGAAGGUGAUCUCGUGGAAGAAGAAGGAAUGGAACACCGAGAGUGGAGAACCUUGCGCUCACCCCAAUUCCCGAUUCUGCACACCUGCCAACCAGUGUCCAAUUAUUGAUUCCGCUUGGGAGGCUUCAGAAGGUGUUCCUAUUGAGGGUAUAAUCUUUGGAGGCCGGAGACCUGAAGGUGUUCCUCUGGUCUAUGAGGCCCUUAACUGGCAGCACGGGGUAUUCAUAGGUGCCACAAUGCGGUCAGAAGCAACGGCUGCAGCGGAACAAAAGGGCAAAGUCCUCAUGCAUGACCCUUUUGCCAUGAGACCUUUCUUUGGCUACAACUUUGGCCAAUAUCUGUCCCACUGGCUCAGCAUGGCACAUCGACCUGCUGCGAAGCUGCCCAAAAUCUUUCAUGUCAACUGGUUCCGGAAAGACAAACAAGGCAGGUUCCUGUGGCCUGGUUAUGGCGAGAACUCCCGAGUGCUGGAAUGGAUGUUCAACCGGAUCCAAGGAGAGGACCAUGCUUGGCUAACGGCCAUCGGUUACGUCCCAGAUGACGCAGGCUUGAACUUGAAAGGCUUGGAAGGUGUGGAUGUACGGGCUCUGUUCACCGUCUCCAAAGGUUUUUGGGAAAAGGAAGUGGAAGAAAUCAGGAAGUAUUUUGAAGAGCAAGUGAAUGCCGACUUACCUUAUGAGAUGGAAAGGGAACUGCUUGACCUGGAACAGAGGAUAAAGCAGCUGUGACUUGAUCCUACUAUCUUAAGAUAACUUCAGACAUUUUAAAAAAUUAAACACUCUCUUUAUCACCAUGGCUGGCAAUACAAAAAAAUUUGCUUUUGUAAGCCAGAAGUUACGGCCAGAACCACUAACGGACACUUUGCAGAAGCAAUUGAAGCACUAGUUGACAAACAUAUCGUUCUUCUUGCUUGAAAAAUUUGCUUUCAUUGAUAAGUUUUGCGCUCAUGUGACAAGAAAGCUAUCCUGAGAUAGUUUCCAUUUUCAUAUCAUAUUACUAGUAAAUACCAGAAGUGGUUUCAUGCUCAGUGAAUUCUUCUGCCUUGUGAGAAAUCACAGAGGGGGAAAAUCAAGGCAUAGUUCCUGCCUUCUUCUUUGACUAUUGAAUUUAUGGUUGGAGGAAAGAGUAUUGCGCCAAAGCAGGGACACAAUUUGGGCAUGGUUCACACAUGUGUUGUAUUAUUCUAUAAUGAACUGCUACAUAGGCUGGAAGUGGAAUGUGUGAACUGCCCUGGAUUGUGUUUGAGGCAAUGUGUGGUAAUAGACGUAUGAGGGCUGUUCACUGUGCCAGUCAUAAUUUGAGGUUUGGAGUGAGGAGCAGGGAACUUAACUCUUUCGAUACUGACAGCAUCUUCUGCCUUUUCUGUUACCUCUCCAUUCUACUCUGCACUUUGCAAAUGUGGCCCUUUAUUUUGCGUUUUUGAAAUAGCAGUCAACUUUUCAUUCUAGGCAGUUGCAUGUAAUGUGUAACUUGCCCUUGAGAAGAAGGAUAAACAUGAUAAACAAUCGAGUCAUCGUCUAAGAGUUCUGUGUAAGUCACAAUGCCUGUGUGGGUUUUGUCUGCUCAAGAUUGUCUGUUCAAGGUUGGCAGCCAGCCCUUUAUGUCCGUGCCAUGUUCCCUUGAUAGGCUCAAUUGUCAUUUCUGGAGAAUCAACACAGGAACAAUUAGUCAUGGAGCAAGGCAACAGCUGUAAAUAUAUUUAGAACUUUUUAGAACAUUUGGAACAAUUGCUGCUCCGUCUUCACACAGUUGCAAUGGAUUUGUGUGCCCCGUGAUAUUUUACACGCUCCUUGAAUUUUGUAUCUCUUUUGCUGACUUUGUGAGAGGUUAACAUUGAGUUCUAAAAUAAUAAAAUAAGCUUUUCUACCCUUUAUGCCUCAUGUCCAAUAUUGAUAUGGCAGCCUGAGUCUAUGGGGUUUUACUCAGAAGUAAGUCUAAUGGGACUUAUCUCUCUAAUAAACUGUGAAUGCUUAUUUGUAAAUAAUCUGCAUUGAACUUGGAAGAAAUAACUUCUGAGUGGCCAUACAAAGCAUUGCAGUGUUGUGACAGAUAGGCAGAGGUCCUGAGGUUGAGGGAAGGCCGAUAUUUACCUCAAGAAUAAAAUAAUGGCUGUCGACUGUUCUAUGCACCCAGCAGUUGAUACUAAAAUGCUAUAACGUGAUGAGGCCAGCAAAAGGUAUGUUUUCUCUAUAAAUAGUUUCAAGCCUCAUUACUGAACCUCUUUAUCUCUCCUUAUUUCUCUGAGACUAUACUACGCCUAGUCAGAUUAGCACUUGUGACAUAUUUAAACACUUGUUUUUUGGUCAUCAAGCUGAUAUGAAAUUCUGCCUACAACAGCUUGUUUGGAUAUCUCUAGGUAGAAGACAGUUCAGAAACUUUGAAACAAGAUUUGAUUUGUAAACUCCUAUUUUACACAUCAUUUGUCUUCCGUUGUUCAAAUUGCAAUCUGACUGCUGUACACGAGAAACCAUAGCAAACACUUUACAAACACAUUUAAUUCAGUACAAAACUGAUUCACAGUGUUUCUUGUGUUCAUCCCCAAACAACCCUUGAGAGAAGGUCAACGUUAUUGCCAUUUUAUAGACGAGGGACUGAGGCUGAAAUACAACUCUAGCCAAGACCACCCAAGAUUUCAGCCUGUUUCCUAUUCCAAGUCUUUGUUCAUUGGAAUAAAAGUUAUUAUUUUUGUCCUGUU